GGGAGAAAGAGGGACGGAGAGAUUAACCGCACUGUACACAACUGUUGUUUUAAUCCCCCUUGAGAGGAUAGGCUUAGUAAAACUACGGGUUUGAAACCCAGCAGCCAUAUUGCAUUGGCACUGCAUUGGAAAGCAGUAUAUCAUCUUUAAUUAUUAUUUUAAUUACAAAUAAUUACAAAUGUCUCGUUAAGAGAGUGUUCAAAAAGUUAUUAUACUCGACUUUUGAAAAUCGCCACUGCGUAGUCUUGGGCCAGAGUGUCCAAUCUGUUUUACGUUAGGAUAUAGCAUUUCAUAUUUUCAGACCCGCACAGUGUUCUUAAAGUUUCCAAGAUGAAAGACCGUUUGGAGCAACUCAAAGCGACGUGUGACACGGAUGAUGCGGACGAAGUCGAGGUUGCCAUAGACAACGCUGCAUUUAUGGAUGAGUUCUUCUCCCAGAUUGAAGAGAUCAGGACGAGCAUCGACAAGAUAGAUGAGAAUGUAGCUGAAGUCAAGAAGCUCUACUCUGUCAUUCUCUCAGCCCCAACGUCAGAUCAGAAAACGCAGGAUGACUUGGAAGCCGUCACCAUCGACAUCAAAAAACUGGCCAACAACGCUCGCAACAAAUUAAAAAGUAUCGAGCGAAAUCUGGAGACGAAUGAGGAGAGAGUGUCGGCCGACAUGCGUAUCCGAAAAUCUCAGCAUGCCGUUCUGUCCAGGAAGUUUGUGGAGGUGAUGACCAAGUACAAUGAGGCUCAGGUGGACUUCAGGGAGAGGAGCAAAGGCCGGAUCCAGAGGCAGCUGGAGAUCACUGGUAAAACUACAACUGAUGAAGAGCUGGAGGAAAUGCUGGAAGGGGGAAAUGCAGCAGUUUUCACUGCAGGGAUCAUGGACUCGGGCAUCUCCAAGCAGGCGCUGAGCGAGAUCGAGGCUCGGCACAAAGACAUUGUGCGGCUGGAGAGCAGCAUCAAGGAGCUGCAUGACAUGUUUGUGGACAUCGCCAUGCUGGUGGAGAACCAGGGUGGCAUGAUUGACAGGAUCGAGAGCAAUAUGGACCAAUCAGUGGGCUUUGUGGAGCGGGCGGUGGCUGACACAAAGAAAGCGGUCAAGUUCCAGGCAGAAGCUCGCCGGAAGAAAAUGAUGAUCAUGGUGUGCUGUGUGAUUCUGGUCAUCAUCCUUGUCUCUGUGGUGUACAGCUUCGUCACAUAGAAACCUGCAGGGAUUCAGAAGUCCCCUGCAUCCUGCCUGGAUUACAAGAACAAUAAUUUCAUUGAGAAAUGAGUAAUACACCAUUAGAAGAGAGAGAGAGACAUGCCUAUCUGUCUGUAAUUUCUCUCUUUCUCCUUUGAAAUUCAGUCACUCACCUUGACCAUCUCUUACCUUAUCUCCCCUCCAGAAUGGACAUUGGUUCUCGAUGUUAAAGACAGGAAUCGCACCACGUAGUUUAUAAAUAAAUUAUGACCGAACUCACAUCCUCAACAAAAAUACACAGAGAUGCCGUAGUGUUGUUUUUUUAAGGUAAUUUAGCGACAGUGGUGAUGAUGGACCUUUGUAUUUGAAAGAUUUGCGCGAAACAGCGUCCUCCACUGUAUUCAGGACAUUGUUUGAAUAACAAGUCGCCACAAGAUUCAACCUUUCUUUUGUUACGAGUUUGCUAUUGCAGAGAGAUGAACACUCACGAUGCUGUUGACGUUAAAGCCAAGAUGAGACUCAGCCCCAGGGAUGCUCUUAAACUUCCACAGUCAUAGUUAACUGCGCUGACUAGCUACAUUUAUCAGCAUUGCAAGGGUUAAUAGAGAAAUGAACAGACAUCUCUGUGUGUGUAAGUUUGUGUGCGUUCAUUCCCCUAUAUAGGCUAGCCAUUCAUUUGUAGCGCUGUCAUAGGUAGAAUGUUUAUACCGGCCUUUUUAUUUUAUUAUGUACAUGUAUGUUUCUGUAGCGAUGUCUUUCUGCUGAUGAUCCUUGUUAAAAAUUAAAAAAAAUCCACUUUGA